UCAAUACGUAGGUGGGAAAAUCGCUCUCAACCAUUUUCCUCCUCUCCUAUAUAUCCCCCUUCUUCUCCGUCUCUUUUUUCACACAGAAGAAGAAAGAGAAAGAGAAACCCCCCUAAAUAACAAUAAGAGUGAGAAAGAAGAAGAAGAAGAAGAAAAAGAAAAUGUAAGCAACAAAAAGCACAGAGAUUAUUUUAUAUUAUCUCUCCUUUUCCUUUCCUUCUUCCUCCUUUCUUUCCCCAUGUUAGGAAGAAGAAGAAGAAGAAGCAGCAGCAGCCUGGAUUUCCACUAAUAUAUAUUCCUUGACCGGGGAGAACAACUGAAAGGAGAUUUGCCUUUCUUUUCUCUGUUUGUUUUUUAGAAUUUUCAGGAGUUUCGUUUUUCUCUCUGUCGGAAAUUAUGGGGACUGAGAUAUUACGCCCUCAGGAUUGUUUACUCGAACGCAUGAGAGUUUCUCCGGCGGCGCUUUACCGCCGGAGGAGUAACUAUGGGAACUUUAACUCGAACUAUACCAAUUAUUCCAAUUAUUAUAACUCUAGACCUAACCGGAAACCGGCUGUUCGGCCGGAUCAGAGGAAGCGGGUCGGAUCUCCUCCUGCACAGUCAGAGACGUCGAUCUCGAGGAAAUCGAGCUGCAAUGACUUGAGAGCGGGGAGGAACAACCUGGUGAUGGAGAAGGUAACGAUUCUGAGGAGAGGAGAGUCGCUUGAUUCGAUGAUCAAGAACAGCGUCUCCUCGUCGAGGAAAGAUAUCGAUGCUGGCUUGACUGUGACAGGAACUGAGCGGCUUGGUCCGGAUCCUGAGAUGGUACCGAAGCAGAUAAGGAUCGUGGAUCUGAAGCAGCAUCCCGUAGCCGGAUACUCCGACGUUUAUGCCGGAUCUGCGUUUUCUGUUUCCCCGGUGCCAAGCUCUCUCCCUUUGCCAUCAUUCUCGAGGAAGAAGGAGGUCUUUGUCGAUGACUCGGCGACUCGGGACUUGAGGCGAUUGCUUCGUCUCGAUUUUUGAGAUCUCCAUGAAAAUGGAUCGGAUGAAAAAGAUCUGGAUCCGGUUUUCAGUUUCUCUCAUCUUAUUUCUAAAAUUACUGUUAUUAUCUUCAUUUCGUCUAUCUUACUUACAUCUCUAUCGAUUUUCUUCGGUCGGAACCUCCUGUAAUUUUUUUUUUACAAGCGGGAGGUUGAUCUGAAAAUCAGAGAAACUUAAGGGACGAAAUAAAUAAUAUUUGGUAACAAAUAUUCUGGCGUGAAAUCUACUGCUCACGAGAAAAAUGGAAAAACAUUGGAUGGUUGGGUUUUGUUGUAAAUUAAGAUAAAAUUAGGGGGAAAAUUUGAGCAGAUUUUCUAAUACUUUUGUUGUAGUUUUCCCCUCCUCGUGCUAUGUAGCGUAUGGUUAAAUCCUAAACUGUAUCUUUUUAGUUGUAAAGUGGAUAAAUAAAGUCACCUGUUAUAUA